GGACCUGAACCAGACCUGGACCUGACGUUUCUGUACCGGUACCCAUCCCUAUACAGAUGAAUUUGGGUAGCAAGCUAAAAUGGAACACAGGUGGUGACGCUUUGAGUGCGACCAGAGGGAGUGCCACCACUCACUGGAACAGCCCUGAGCACUAGAGUCCCAUAUAUCACGCGGCCACAAGUAGAGCCGAGUCAAUAGCGUUUCUGCAAACACGCUGCCGCCGCGGUCGUCGAGGGCCGCCAAGCACCGUAGUUUCCCGGCUCCUAAUCUCCACACAAGCACGCCGAUGUUUUGAGUGCCAAGUUUGCUCUGUAGAGCUUUGACAUUCAUCCUAGCGACAAACACUACAGCAUACACCGGGCACUUGUAGAAGACAAGGCGGCGACGGAUGCUGUUUUCCCGCUGCAGAGGUCCAUAUGACAAAGGAAAAGAUAGAUGACAACGAUAAUGAUGAAGACUCGAGACUACACUUGAGAUGAAGCAGUGGGUCCUAAAGCGCCUCCUAGCGGGAAUUGUUGUUGCGACACUACUAGGAACAUUGCCGUCUGGUGCUCGGGGAGAACCCGACCGCGGCCCCCUAGCGGACUCACCGGAACUGCUCCGUUAUCGAGAUCAAGCUCUGCAGGGUUUCAGAGUCAGGGUCAAGGCAAGCAGGCAAUACACAAAAUGGACCGUACACAACUUGGCCGCCCGCAGAAACCCAGAAGAAGACUCCAUCGCCGACUUAGACCCUGGGUUCAUAGCCGUGGUUCUCUCGCUCGGGGAGCGCCCGUCUCGUGAACAGCUCAUCGGGACUCUGAUUCAGCCGUACGGGACACAUUACGUGUUGUCCGGUGCGAUGGGAGGCGAGGAGACGGUGACUGUGUACAUGAACCAAACGGACUGGGCAGUGGAGAGAGAAGUUCGGAGCUUGGUCGGAUCGUACUUUGCUGAUAAAGACGGGGUCAUAGAGGAACUUCGGGAUCUUCAAAAACGUGUUAGCACAUUUCGGAUUCACACAUCCAGUACAGGGCCCAUCUCGUGUGGAAGCGAGGACGACACUCGGGAAGCGGUGCUCCUCUCUGAUACUAAUGCCAGGCUGAAGCUACGAGGUCUACAGGACUUGUUGCCCCGCUAUCUGAGGGAGUCCUUCGUGAAGGCAGCUCUGAGUUACAUCUACUGUGACGGGACAGGUGAAUGGACGUGUAAGGAUGGGGAAUGUCGGUGUGAAUGUGACGACUCGGCUCCUGACUGCGCAUGCUCAGCUGACGUCAUCAACAGGCUUGUGUCUCGGUUAGAACAUCUACACACGCAGUUUAAAGAUGAUGAUUCAAGAUUCGAGCAAACAGAUGGUUUUCAACGUUUCGUCGGAAGGCUUCCUAUUGAUCAGUAUCUGGACUUGGACGCCAUCUUAGAAAGAUGGCGGCGGUCUCGAAUGGUGACGUCAUCAUACAGAGUCCAUGUCGCCAGGAUGAAGAAACUGUUGUUGAGGAUAGAUGACGUCAUGACCGAAAUCAGACAACGUGUGGUAUAUUGUACCUGGGAGCCGGAAUUAAAAGUUAAACCCUCACCACGGAGCCAACGACAGUGGCAGGCUAUCGCGCAGGCGCGACUAUACUGUUCCCAUGGCCGACAUCCGGGGACUUUUGAUCAACAGCAGCGCGCAUGCGCGUGUGUUGAUGACGACACAUGCGGCAGUGUCCUUCCGUGUGUCAUCGGACGAGCGGGAAGGUGUCGGUCCUGCAACCCAGCGGAUAAUUUUGCCACCUGUGGAUCCUGCAAUGAUGGAUACGAACUGCUAGAUGGCGCUUGUCGUAUCGUCUUGAGCUCCAACCAGCUUGGCGGAAAGUUGAUUCAGCUUGAGUCAUAUGAAAUGCCAAGAGACGAAGACAUGUGUAAAGAGAAGAGCAGCAUUGAGUUCUACUUUCGCAGCAAGACGGCGCCUUUCCAGGAGUGGUUCUCACCAACUAACAACUCCCUUACAAUCUCACUAAAACUCAGAACUGAAAAUCUACCCCCAGACAACAUUGUCAUUCUAACAGGCGUACGAACUAAGUUCUGCUUUUUCCCUUUCAUUCCCAACGAUAUGGAGAUAUACGCAAAGAUCAACCCAUUGACAGAAAACCAUCGUGACUCUUAUAGACUUCCGCAAUGGGAGAAUUCCCAUCCCAAAUGGACAACAAUUCCGUACACCACUCCUCUUCGCUACACAACAUCAGAUACUGACAUUCGGUGCCUUCAAAUGUCUCUAUGUCUGGGGCAAAGACACAAGGUACUCACCGAAGCAACACAUCUAAAACUCAAAAAUCUCAAAACUGAUAAUGUCGAAGGGCCUCUACGAAUGAGAAUAGAAGAUGUUAGUCUUUUCGGUUACAGAGCUAGCUUCAACACCACAGCAAUAAAAGAAUCGUUACGUAACGCUCAAGCCGACGAAAUAUUUCAGAAGAAAAUUGGGGUUUUCUUCACAGACAUUAAAGACAAAGUCGAGAGACUUUCUCCUUUAAAAGAUAACGAUAUUCUUUCCGACUUGUUGCUCAAAAGAGUUGGUCUGGAAGUGACAGAAGUAAGAACAAUAGAGAAAUUAAUUGAAGACACUAUGAAAAAUUUGGAGGAAUUUCGCGAAUUCAUCUGAGACACAUAUGAUUGAAUUGUUUUGCAUUGUGGUUUUCUGCAAUACGGGUAACGGCAUUUAUUGUAUUCUCUUUGUAUAAAGUCUUUGCCGUAUUCUACCGCACUCAGAAUGAAGGUUUAAUAUGUAUAUAACGUUAUGAGAUUUUGAUUGCCAAAAGAUUAUGUAUAUUAUAUGAGUAUUGACGAA